GAUCAUAGUCAGUGAGACAAAAAUCCUGGAGUUGAGAAGGACCGAAUUGAGCAUGGUGAGCACUAGCAGCGUUUCUGGUUUCAAAUUCUUUAAAGGUUGGAAAGAGCGCGACCCAUCAACCCCGUUGGCACCCAGAACAAUCUCAAGUUUAAGUUUCAGAAAAUCUCAGUCUUCCACAAUCAAAUGCGACUGCUACUCUUGCUUCGAAGUUAAGGGUGUCAGUUAUCAGCCCCCAGGGACCCAACACAGCCUUCUAAAUGAAGUUAACUUUUCCCUACCGGAGAAAAGUUUUGGCUUAAUCUUUGGAAGGAGUGGUAGCGGGAAAACUACUCUCUUGCAGCUUCUUGCAGGGCUAAGUAAACCGACUUCAGGUUCCAUUUGCAUCCAAAAAUAUGGAAAUGACGGCCUUCCUAGUCAGCCUCCGGAACCUUUACCUUCAGAGAGAGUUGGCAUUGUCUUUCAGUUUCCUGAGAGGUAUUUCGUGGCAGAUAAUGUAUUUGAUGAAGUUACGUUUGGAUGGCCAAGAAAAAAAGCUGAUCCUCAAGUGAAGGAGCAUCUUGCUUUGCGACUUCAACAAGCAAUUAAUUGGGUUGGUUUAAACGGGAUCUCAUUGGAUAAAGAUCCUCAGUCCCUUAGUGGUGGUUACAAACGUCGUCUCGCCUUGGCAAUUCAAUUAGUGCAAAUACCAGAUUUAUUGAUAUUGGAUGAACCUCUCGCUGGUCUAGAUUGGAAAGCGCGUGCAGAUGUUGUCAAACUUUUAAAGCAUCUGAAGAAAGAAUUAACUAUACUUGUUGUCAGCCAUGACCUCAAAGAGUUAGCUGGUCUAGUCGAUCGAUCGUGGGUGAUGGAAAUGGGUGGUAUUCUAAGGGAAGAGCAGCUACCUAUUUAAUAUCAAGACCCUCCUUCUUCAUGAACCCACUUUGCUGUGAGGUUUGAUCCAGAUGCUACUAGCUCUUAAUAUAUAUUUGUCAUGAUGAUUUCUCAUAUAAUGUAACUUGCAAUAUUGGUAUUGGAGGCUUACAGCUAUGUACUUGAAUCACUAUUGAAAUUGUGUAGUGCAUAAAAAGAACCAUUGUGUUUGACAUCAAUAUUAUGUUAAUGAAGUGUAGCCUCAAGAA